AUGAGUUCUACGAAAGCAGCUAAUAACUAGUCCAAGCAAGGCAAAUUGGGCCCUCAUGUGGGAAAGUGGUCUGAUGACAGCGAUGUUGACCCUUAUACCCAGUUUUAUUCCAGAAAGGUUGUGAUUACAGAGUCCACAAAGUAGGAGAAGGACAGUAAAAGCAGAAAAAGGGAGAAAGAGAGGGAGACGACUAAGGUAAGCAAUAAUAAAGUAGAGGAAAAAGUUGAGAAUGGUGAAUAAUCAGAGUCCACUAAGUAGGUUCAAAUAAUGCAAACUUCAACAUAGCUAUCGAUAGCUGAAAGAACCUAGAUGUUGUAUAGAGCAUAAUUUAGCAGCAGAAACACUCUAAUGCCAGAUGAUUAGCCUUCAUCUAAUGAAAAUAGCAACAAUAUAGUAGAAAGUCAGAGAGUCAUGAGCUCAUUUUUGUUUACAGAAAAUAAGAGAAAGGAAGUCAAGUAUAUGCAACAAGAUGAAAAGCCAAACAAUGAAGAAGAGGAUAUUUAAAAUAAAGCCAAUAAAUUUGGGUUGAAGGUGACUUCGUCUAAUGAGAGUUAUUCUAAAAAGCAAAGCGUUAGCUACAUUACAUCAAUUAAUACUAGAAGAAACCCUGAUAUUUUGGUACCCGGAGGAAACUUUCUAAAAGGCAAUAUGUAUUUCAAAUGCUCAAUGGAAGAACUCAAAGAAUAAGAAAAAAUGAAAGCAGAAUAAAAGUUGCAGAAUGAAGAGCUUGGCAAUGAAUUAAAUGAAGAAUAUGAUGUAAAUAUGGAUGAGGCUGGAGAUGAUGCAUUUGAGAGAAUGAAGAAUUAAACUGCAAGGUAUUUCCUUGAAAACAACCCCACCAUCAAAUGCAGAAAUUGUCUUGAGUAUGGACACAUUGCUAAGGAUUGUACUAAUAAAACCAAGAGACCUAAUUGUAUUCUAUGCGGGAAAGAUACUCAUGAUUCCUUCUCCUGUACUGAGAAAACAUGCUUUAAAUGUAAUAAGAUAGGUCAUCUUGCCAGUUAAUGCACUGAAAAAAAUAUUAUCAAGUGUAAUAAAUGUGGCAUAAUUGGCCAUAAAGAAGCAAGAUGCCUAAAAAUCUGGAAAGGGGAUUAUAGUGAGUCUCAAAUGCAGUUGCUGAGAUGUAUCUAAUGUGGAAAGAAGGGUCAUAUUAAGUGUCUUAAAGAGAGGAAAAGCUGGAAAAUUGCAAUUGAUACUUCAGUCAAGAAUAACUUGAAUGAAUUUAUUGAAAAGCAACAAAAGUUCUAGAAGGAUACUAAAAAUGAAAGAGAUAGAUCUAUAAGGUUUUCAUUCGAUUACGCUGAUGAGUUAAAUGAAGAAUAGAUGUGGCUGAAUGAGAGCACAAAUAUAGUAGUACCAGAAUAACUUAAAAAGAAUGGAAGAGAUGCUCCUAAAGAGUAACCUUAUGGCAUUCCUAGAGGACAUGAUCCAAAGGAUGUAUAUUGCUGCUAUUGUGCAGAUAAACACUCUGAAGGUGAUUGCCCCAGGAGAAUGUAUAGUCAAGGUAACAGUAGAUAUCAAUAAUAUGAGAAGAUCAGAUCAAGAUUGAAUCACUAAGCAAUUGAAGAGAGAGAUUUGGGAUACGGUGGCAGUAGAUAUGGUAGUAACUAUGAUAAUAGCAAUAACUAUAACAGAAAUGGUAAUGGAAAUAGCAGUAAUAAUUAUCAUAUGAGACUAGCAACUGACCCUAGAAGGAAUAAUGCUAAUCAGAUAUAAACUUAUGAAAUAGAUAGUGAAGAUAGCUACUCUGAUCAAUAAUCCAAGACGAAAUCCCAUAAAAACAAGAAGCACAGAAAGUAUGAAGACUCUAGUGAGAGCUAGGAAGAUAAGAAGUAUCGUAAGUUCAAUAAAAAGCCAUAGUAAGUGGAUUCUUACGAUUCUCAGAGUAGUGAUGAUUCAGAAAAGGUCUUAACUUCAUUCAGUGAACUCUUAUAGAAAAAGAAGUCCAGAUAAUAAAGUAAAGAUAUUGAAUAAUAUGAAGAUUAUGACGAGGAAUAUGAAAAUGAGUAUAUAGACCUGGAUGAAGAAGAUGACAAUUACUCUAAGAACAAAAAGAAUAAAAAAGGAGGCAAUAAAAAUUACAACUCAAAUACCAAUGGUAAUAAUUACAGUAGGAAGAACUAUAGCUAUGACAGCAACUAUUAAAGCUAUCAUAGAGACUCUUACAAUAAUAAUUAUUAGGGAAACUAAUAAAGAUCAAGAUCAAGGAAUUAUCAAGGAGGGGAAAGAUAUAACUCAUACAAGGGUGGCAAGUAUGGUCGCUGA